UCUGCCCUACACGCUUUGGCCCAGCCUUGCUCUCCUCCCUGCCGAGCUUUCAGCCUGUUCUCCGGCUUUCUCGUCUUUCUCCGGACUUUAGACCCGACAGGACAGGAACCAUGGCGGAUCAUGGACUGACAGACGAAGCCGCUGCAGCUGCCUGCAAAGAUGGAAACCCGAUCACUAAGGAUUUCAUGAUGCAGCAGACGAUGCUGAGAGUCAGAGACCCGGUUAAAUCGCUGGAUUUCUACACCCGCAUCCUAGGAAUGACCCUGCUGCAGAAAUUCGAUUUCCCCUCCAUGCGCUUUUCUCUCUACUUCCUGGGUUACGAGGACAAAAAAGAAAUCCCGGCUGACGUCAAAGAGAGGACGGCGUGGACUUUCUCACGCCGAGCCACUAUCGAGCUCACGCACAACUGGGGUUCGGAGACAGACGAAAGCCUGUCUUACCAUAACGGAAACUCAGACCCUCGAGGUUUUGGCCACAUAGGAAUCGCCGUGCCAGAUGUCCACGCCGCUUGCAAGCUGUUCGAGGAGCAGGGAGUGACCUUUGUUAAAAAGCCUGAUGAUGGUAAAAUGAAAGGUCUGGCUUUUAUUCAGGAUCCAGACGGCUACUGGAUUGAGAUUCUGAGCCCCAACAGCAUGGUGUCCAUCACCUCGUAAGGACGCCGCCGCGACCCCGCGAUCAGAAGCGCAGACGUUUACAGAGAAAGCUGACAAAAAGAGAACGAAUGGAAAAAAAUUGAGCCGUCCUUUUAUGACCUCACACACGGUCCUCUUUUGGCGGAGAGGGUCAAUCAGGAGCAGCUUGCGAGGUGCAGCCGGUGCUGAAUGACCGAAAGAGCCGGGAUGAGCCGACGAGCUUCAUCAUGAAACUCAUCACUGACACGAUUAGACACUAAUAAUGAAACCCGUAUCACAAACUAACCUUACAAACAGCAUGAACAGCUUGUAUAGUCAUUCCUGUCCAUUAAUUGGCAAUUGAAUUCAUUAACACGGCACACUACAUUUGUUUAAGAAAUUUUAUUUUAUUAUAAAGCUCUCUUCUACUUAUCUCUAUUACAUUAAUAGUAGAUACAAACAAUAAAACUAAAUACUGCUUGUCAAA